AUGGGCCGGUUUGGAUUCAAGAAAUCCGAUGGCGACGACGAUGACAGCAACCGCCGGGGCCUGUUUGGCUCGCGAAAGAAGGACAAGAGCCCUCAGCCUGGAGCGAACCCUUACGCCCAGCCGAUUCCUACGGACCCCUACACCAGAGCCAAGAUGAAUAUCGGUGUAGCUCCUCUCCCUCCAUCCGAGCAGGGCGGGAUGGGCUCCCCCGCCCCCGCAGGAGGACCCCACGCAAUCCCAUCCGACAACAAAUUUUCCGGCUACACUCCCAACCGCUACGGUAACCAGGGCGGAUACGGCAGUGACCGCUUCGGCGGUGCGAGCCCGAGCGCUGGCGCCGGGCCAGCAUCUCGGUACGGUUCUGGUGGCUAUGGAGGAUUGGGCAGCACCGAUCCGAAUGACCCCGGUGCUGCGGAUGCCGAUCGCAGCGAACUCUUCGGCGGCGCCAAAGACCGCAAGCAGACCGGUCCUCCUGGAACCGCCCCGCCGCCCUACAGCGAGGGUGGACCCAAUUACGGUGGCGGCAGCAACGAAUACAGUAUGGCGACCUUCCAGGACCGACAGCUCACAGCGGAGGAAGAGGAGGAAGAGAGCAUUCAGGCAACCAAGCAGGAAAUGCGGUUCGUCAAGCAGGGAGAUGUCGCCUCGACACGGAAUGCCCUUCGCGUUGCAGCACAGGCAGAGGAAACCGGUCGCUCUACACUGGCCCGUCUGGGUGCGCAAGGUGAGGAUAUUCACAAUGCCGAGAAGAGUUUGGACAUGGCCACCGUCGAGGGACGUAUUGCACAGGAGAAGGCGCGUGAAUUGAAGACGCUCAAUAAGAGCAUGUUCGCCGUUCACGUGGCCAACCCAUUCACCAGUGCCUCGCGCCGACGAGAACGUGAUGAGCGGAUCCUCAAUACCCACCGAGAGGAGCGUGAUCUCCGCGACGGUACCCGGGCUGAAGCACACCAGACCAAUUCCCGUAUGGAACGAGUCUUCCGCGACAUCGAUCGGGAGGCUGGCAAGCAGAGCAAGGGCAAGAAGGCCAAUGUGACCGAGCGCGCCAAGUACCAGUUUGAGGCCGACAGCGAGGACGAGGCAAUGGAGGACGAGAUUGAACAAAACUUGGAUCUUCUCGGUGGUGCCGCUGGCCGGCUCAACGGUCUCGCCAAAGCCACCGGCAAGGAGCUCGAUGAGCAGAACAGACAUCUGGAGCGCAUCACGGGCAAGAGCGACUUUGUCGACGACCAACUUGCCAUGAACCGGGCCAAGCUGGACCGCAUUCACUAA